GUAGCCGCCCUACCGACCUUUCCCUAUCUUCAAAGAUUGGGCUACCUGUGGUACUACGUUUCGUUUCAAGAUGGCGCCAAAAGUAACACAGAUUAAAUUCCUGCCCGUUAUUGGCAAGUAAAAUAGUCAAGAGAACCUGAAUAUUCGAUCUUUUACGAUGGAGAACGACACCCCUCCUAGAACAAAAUCAAAAGUAACCACAGAAAUCUCUGUUUCUCUAAUUGCAAAACGAAACGUGAACACCAAGGAACUAUCUGCAGACAAGAUAGCUGAUAGCAUACUGACCUUGACCCAUGUUCGUUUGGACCGUGAGAACAUCAAGAAUAUUGAUAAUUUGGAUUGUCUUGGGCCUGUAACUAAUCUUUACUUACAAAAUAAUGAAAUCACCAAAAUUGAAAAUCUUGAUCCACUACCCAAGCUUAGGUUCCUUACACUUGCUAACAACAAGAUCAAGAAAAUUGAGAACUUAAAUCAUCUUCACUCCUUAAUGUUUCUGGAUUUAACAGACAAUAAUAUUGAAGAUUUUGAUCCAAAGGAACUUCCUAAAAGCUUGAUUAUUCUAAAUAUGAGUGGGAAUCCAUGUGUGAUGCACAAUGAUUACAGGGUUAAGAUACUACAGUCACUUGAUAAACUUGAACAACUUGAUGGAAGCAACAUCACUAAAGCAGACCGACAACAAGCUGGCUGUCCAGUCAAUGAGAGUGAAACAGAAUCAGAUGAUGAAGAUGAAGAUGAACAAGAAGAAGAAGAUGUAAAUGAGAAUCAGGAGAAUACUGAAACAGGCACGCUAGAUCAACAUUGCAACGAUAUUCUCGUUCGCGCCAAAAUUCGCACCAUGAAAGAAGAUGCCGAUCACGAGAAGAGGUUAGACGAGCUUGAAACCUUACGCACUGAUGUCAUCAAUACAGCUCGUCGUGCAAGGGAAAAAGAAGCGGAAGAGAAGGCUCGCAUGCGGAUAUCAAGUAGUCUUGACAGCCCMGUCAGCUCCACGUAAAUAAAAAUAGACCUCUAGCUUGGGCGUAAUGUUUUCUAAUUUCAGACCACGUGACGGUUUUACUUGACUUUUUUGGACACGUGACAUUCCCUAUAGCGUUAUUUCUUUGUUUAACGGUUACGCAUGAGAAGACCCCAUGAAUAUGGAUACAACGCAAACAAAGAAUCUUAUUCUCAAAAUAAUGACACAUGGUUUAAAAUGGAAAAACGUUACGACCAAGGUAAAGAGCCCUGUCUUUAAGGGUAGUUUUGGCGGGGAAAUGCCGAGUUUGUAUUGUUCAGUCGUCACUACUUUAACGAUUUAAAAAAAAUUAAAUUAAAAAGUACUGUAUUUUAAAAUAAAAUGUUUGAAAUUCG